AUGUCUGAUGCACCGCUUGGAAUUCUUCUAUCAGGAGGACUUGACUCAAGUCUAGUCAGUUCUAUAGCAGCUCGCGAAAUGAAAAGACAUGGGCUUGUGGUUCACUCAUUUUCCAUUGGAGUCGAUCACAAUUCUCCUGAUAUCGUCGCUGCUAGGAAGGUAGCAAAACAUAUCGGGACGGUUCACCACGAGUUCUAUUUCAGUGUUCAGGAAGGACUGAAAAAUCUCCGUAAUUUGAUAUGGCAUCUUGAAACAUAUGAUGUUACAUCUAUCCGUGCCUCAACUCCAAUGUACUUUCUGUCCGAAAAAAUACGGCAGAUGGGAAUUAAGGUUGUGCUAUCUGGUGAAGGAGCCGAUGAAAUUUUUGGUGGAUAUCUUUAUUUCCAUAACGCUCCUAGUGAUGAAGAAUUUCAAAAGGAAACCAUCGACCGUGUUGUUCACCUGUAUACUGCAGACUGUCUUCGAGCCGACAAAUCCACAAUGGCUCAUUCCGUUGAAGUGCGUGUACCAUUCCUUGACAAAGAGUUUCUCAAUGUGGCCAUGUUGACCGCACCACAAUAUAAACGCCCUCAGCUUGCCAAUGGACGAAAUAUCGAGAAAUAUAUGCUGAGAAAAGCGUUCGAUGAAGACACCUAUCUGCCGCAAGAAAUUCUUUGGAGGCAAAAAGAGCAGUUCUCGGAUGGUGUAGGUUAUUCGUGGAUUGACCAACUAAUGGAAUUCUGUGCUGAACAAGUGCUGGACGAAGAGUUUUCUAAAGCGGAGCAAUUAUUUCCCCACAACACACCUCACAGCAAAGAAGCUUUUUACAUGAGGAGCCUCUUCCAUGACAUGUUCCCUAGUGAAAACGCUGCGAAGACAGUUAGAAAAUGGAUUCCAAAGUGGCAAGCUAACCAAGAUCCAUCAGGCCGAGUUUCUCAUGUGCACGAGCAAGGUGUGCGGAAAAACGAGGAGAAGAUGAAGCCACUGGACAUGGUUCGUGAGAUCGAAUGGAUGACUUAUCACGCCUAA